UGUAGAUAGAUGCUAAAAUGAACUGCAUUACCAAAGACACAUAAUCCUGCCCUGGAUUUUUUUCAGUUAUCUCCCCUUAUCUGAUAGUUUUUUAAAAUCUUACAAAAUGUAGUUUGUCCAGGCCAUGUCUUCGGAUAUUUGUGAAUUUCAAUUGCUGCUUUUUCAUUUCUUGAAAAAUACUAAAUUUUAUUCUAAAACCUGCCCAUUUCUUACCAUGUUAUGAAUUCUCCCAACUGUUUGUAAUAAUACUACAACAAUUUACCUUUCACCAGCACAUUGUAUAACAAUUUCUGCCUUUUAAUAGAAAAUGGGCGUAUGGCUUCUAGCGAUAUUCUUGCUUAUAAACUAGGAAAUUUUGGUCGUUGAUAAUGUUUGAUCAAUUCAUAUAUUUUGGUUUUUAGAUUUCGAAUAACUCACCGAAGAUGAAUGUCCAUUACUUCACCAUUACCAGAAGACUUCCAUGUUCCCACAUGAUAGAACUGUGUAGGCGAUUCAUCUGCUGGUCAGAAGGAGCACAACCUUCCUUAAAUGUCACCAGGGCGGCAACUCACCUGACCACAUAUAAUCAUGACCACCUCAUCUACUUGCUGCCUGACCUAAAGACCUUACCUACCUUACAUCAACCCUUCUUGCACUGGCUUGAUGUUGACAACUCCACUAACGUAUCCCUGCAGCAUCAUGCAUAUCACAGACAUCAUUUAAAUAGAUGGAAAGCGUUGAAAAUUCAAAUGGAAUGGGAAAUGGACAGCGAGGGCAUCUUGACUGCUCUCCUCCAUCAUGUGACGGAUGAGCGUGAGUGACUUCUCCUGAUUCAGGAUGGAUAUUACAAGUGAAGUCAUGGGCCCCAGAAUCCAGAGAAGAGGAACAAACCGCUUAACAAGAAAAACAACAGUAGUACCCUUAAAGUCCUCACAGUCAUUGUCCUUGACAAGCACCAUCUAUCGAAGAUUGCAUACUUUCUAGACUUCAGAUAAAUAAAUUUAAUGUAAAGUACAGCUGACCUGGAAGGCUUCAACCAGCACAUCCUAAUGUAUUGUUUGAAGCGAUUCUCCUACUCGCCACCAGUGUACCGCAUGAUGAACCUCAUAGCAGCCAUUGACCAGAACAAUCAUUUGGAAAGGGAAAUUCAGCAUAACAAAGAUGUCUCUGUCAGAAGUACAGCUGACCUGGAAGACUUCAACCAGCACAUCCUAAUGUAUUGUUCGAAGCGGUUCUCCUACUCACCACCAGUGUACUGCAUGAUAACCCUGAUAUCCCCAGUAUACCCAGUGAAAGAGAAGAAGACCUAUCCAUACUUAGAGACGCUGAAGAAAGAGAUCUUGAUGUGUCACUUGAUCGACGAUGUUGGUAUGAGUGGAAAGGAUGUUAUGAAGAAGCACAACCCUCGACGAAUCUCUAGCCACCUUGGACCGUUAUCUCCUAACCAAAGCCACGAAUUAUCAUAUACAGCGAGCAAGAAUCUAGGUUUAAGAAGUGACAUUUCUAGAGACUAUGCAGCGAGCAAGAAUCUAGGUUUAAGAAGUGACAUUUCUAGAGGCUAUACAGCGAGCAAGAAUCUAAGUUUAAGAAGUGACAUUUCUAAAGGCUAUACAGCGAGCAAGAAUCUUGGUUUAAGAAGUGACAUUUCUAAAGGCUAUACAGCGAGCAAGAAUCUCGGUUUAAGAAGUGACAUUUCUAAAGGCUAUACAGCGAGCAAGAAUCUUGGUUUAAGAAGUGACAUUUCUAGAGGCGCCAAUAUUCAUGAAACUUAAUGACAGUGGUUUAACUGAUGAAAUUGUUGACUAGUUUGAAACUGGGUUACAUGCGGUCAGAAUGGACGUCACUAUGUUGUAUUUUCAAAACAUUAUGGAAUCAAACCUUGGUAUUGCUUGGCCAGAUUACAUGUGUUCAAACUUAAUCAGAAUUUUCACCUUGAUAAAAUGUUUGGGAGAUUCAGUUUGUCACAUACAGUCAAAAACAAUGUCACUUACCGGGUAGUCAAAUCCUAAAGAUGCAUUCUUACUCCCAGAUAAGAUUUACCACAAUUAAUAAUAUUGUUUAAAUAUUCCAAAAAGGAUGAAUAAAUGUCGAAAACAAUGGUUCUUAUGAAGGAUACCAAGUUAAACUUGAAUGAAUUGAGCAUAAAACACAGUAUUUCUACCUUUUGAAACUAUAGUAGACCACAGUAAAUCUUUUAGCAUUAACCAAUCAUUUAACAUAUUUGCGCUUUCUGCGAUUAAAUACACAGUUACAAUCUUGUUAUAAAUAUAAUUAAUAUUUUCCAUAAAUGCAUUAUUAUGUCUCCCCAUUGUUGGGGAGACAUAUUGUUUUUGCCCUGUCCGUCAGUCGGUCCGCCAGUCAGUCUGUAUGUCACACUUCGUGUCCGCUCAAUAACUAUAGAACACUUAGACCAAGGAACUUCAUACAUGGUAUGCUAGUUGGUCAUGACAAGCAGAUGACCCCUUUUGAUUUUGAGAUCAAGAGGUCAAAGGUCAAGGUUAUCUUCAGGUAAUAAGCAAUAUGUUGGCAGUGACCUUCAACUUAAAAAUGGUUUCUGCUCAAUAACUAAGGAACGCUUGUACCCAGGAACUUCAUACUUAGUAUGCUAGUUGGUCAUGACUAGUAGAUGACCCCUAUAGAUUUUGAGAUCAAAAGGUCAAAGGCCAAGGUUACCUUCAGAUAAAAAGCGAUAUGUUGGCAGUGACCUUCAGCUUAAAAAUGGUUUCUGCUCAUUAACUAAGGAACGCUUGCACCCAGGAACUUCAUACUUAGUAUUCUAGUUGGUCAUGACUAGUAGAUGACCCCUAUUGAUUUUGAGAUCAAAAGGUCAAAGGUCAAGGUUACUUUCAGGUAAAAAACAAUAUGUUGGCAGUGACCUUCAGCUUAAAAUGGUUUCUGCUCAAUAACUAAGGAACGCUUGUACCCAGGAACAUCAUACUUAGUAUGCUAGUUGGUCAUGACUAGUAGAUGAACCCUAUUGGUUUUUAGAUCACUAGGUCAAAGGUCAAGGUCGCCGUGACCUUGAGGUAAAGAAAUGGUUACGCUCAGUAUCUAAAGAACACUUUCACACUGGAACUUCGUACUUGGUAUGUAAGUUGGUCAUGACUAGUAGAUGACCCCAAUUGAUUUUGUGAUCGGUCCGUUAGUCAGUCAGUCAGUCCGUCAGUCUGUACGUCACACUUUGUUUCCGCUCAUUAAAUAAAGAACGCUUGCAUCCAGGAACUUCAUACUUGGUAUGCUAGUCGGUCAUGACUAGUAGAUGACCCCUGUUGAUUUUGAGAUCAGUAGGUCAAAGGUCAAGGUUGCCUUGACCUUGAGGUGAAGAAACGGUUACUGCUCAGUAACUAAAGAACACUUGCACCCAAAAACUUAAUACUUGGUAUGCAAAUUGGUCAUGUAGAUGAUCCCUAUUGAUUUUGUGAUCAGUAGGUCAAAGGUCAAGGUCAUAAUGACCUUGAGCUGAAAAAAGGUUUUCCGAUAAAUAAUUGAAUAACGCUUGCGCCCAGGAACUUCAUACAAUGCAAACUUCGUUUACAUUUUCCAAGAUUAAUCAACAACACGUUUUUCUCUUCACUAUUAAAUAAGGGUGAAUAAACCAAACUUCAC